CGAUGCUCAGUGGUCGAGUGCAGUCACACUGCAGCCAUGCGGACCUCUUCCCGGUACCUCUUCCUCUGACUGGUGGACUUCAUGGUUCCUGGACGCAGGGGAAUGAGGGGGAACCCCCGAGUUAUUCUGCUUGUCCACCCGCUGUAGGUUCGAGUCCACGCCGAUGCUGGCCGUUUAGCUUUGCUUUCCUCCCCUUACUGAAAACUGUCGUGGGGCUGCGAUCGAUAUGGGUUGUGACUUCGAUGGGAUAUCCGGUCUGGCGGUGACUGAUCGACUCCGGAUGUUGACUUUCGAUGGCCACGAUACGAUAUAUGAUUUACCCUCCGGGUGCAGCAAAUUCAGAGUUCUGCAGGAGGACACCGUAAGAACUCUUGUUCGGUGGGAGGAUCGAUUGGCACCGACGCCAUCUUACCUCCUGCCGUUUUCAGACGGCCUCCUUUUCACAUGGAGGAUGCGUGUCUUCCAACAAAGUUGUUUGUCAGUGGUUUCACCCUCUUGCCGGCCGCAUCCACUUCAUGUCUCCGCUGCGAUAACUUCGGUGAAAUGCCUUGUCACCUGUAUCCUCGGUUAAUCUAUAGUUAUUGCUAGUGUGGACUCAUGAUAUUGUCACUCGGCCAUAUCCGCUUUCAUCCAGUUGCGUUCCUCAAGGCCCCAGUCCAUGGGCUCACCUGGAUUUCACGACAGUAUAUUUCUCGAGCUAGUGGCGUCCUGCUUUGACCCAUUGAUUCUCUUCUUGGCUGAUUCAUUUGCUUUUGGCCCGAGGCUGUCCUGCAAGCGUAGCGUUGUGUAUGGGAAAUGGCUCCGCGAGACCACAUACCUUAAUUAAACACUUCUUGACCGCAUGGGUCCUGUCCACUCGGAGGCUGACAGGUCAGACGACGCUGGGAGGUAAUUUCUUAUCGCGCAG